AGAGGUAAAAAGCUGUUGUGAUUUUGUGCUCGACAUUAUGUGCUCAAGGGUGUUCUUAAACGAAAAGCAGAUGGGAUUUUGUGUCUGUUUGUUCGUGUUUUUGGUUACAUUUGUAGUAUCAUCGACUGAAGUUAGCAGACCAAACCUAACCAGACAAUUUAACAGUAAAUUCAAUCGAUUAAAAAGGUUUUCAACAAAGUAUCGUUUUCCUGUCAAUGAGAUGGAUUCCUGUCCUACAACUAACUUCUCAUGGUACAGAGCAGGUUCCCGAUUAAACUGUUCUCAUGACGCCAACAAAAGACUCCAAUACCUGUGCAUUCCCAACCAGGAAAAGACAGCUCUAAUCGAAUUUUGUUAUGAUCAUAUAAUGGGUCUUUUUGAAAAGGGAUAUUGUCUACAUCUGUCAACAUCUGGUUUCGUGAAUCAAGAGGACUGUAGUAUGUUUAACAAGGGAUGUCCAGGGACACAUUUCUUCAGUAGCAACAUUUUCCAAUUCCCUAAAUGCUUGGAAAUAAACCGGGACCUGAGAUGCUUUAUGGCAGAUCAAAGUUGCCAUGCGAUUUCCAACUACAGCGCUAGCAAGCCCAACAACUUGGUUUGUGACGACACAUCUGGAAACUGCAUUUAUACCACCCUAAUGCCUAAACCUGCACCAAAGGAUGAAUCUUAUUUGGGGUAUAUUAGUGCUGUCGUUGUAAUUUGUAUUUGCGUCAUCGCUUUUUUAAUUUAUCAUUGCAAAGAACGAAGGAAUAUUCUAUGACGUUUUGAAACUGGAAUUGAAUAGUCACGUGAGAUUUGGAUUAUCCUUCCAAUGACAAUAUUUUAAGGAAAACAGAAAACAUAGGAGUAAUCUUAUGCAGUUUGACAGAUGAAGAUGUUGAGAAACACGAGCAAAACUUCAAAGACCUCUCAUUAUUGGAGAAAGGAAUGCAGUUCAUUUAUGUGAAUAUCAGUCCUCCUUCAUUAGAAAACUUUACUCUAAAUAUGACGGCAUGGAAUAAAAUUAUUGAUAGGAUAUUAAUUACAAAUAAGUAUGCGUAUAGAUAUUAUCUAUCAUACCCUGAGGAUAUUGAUAUAUUUACCCUGGGUUUGAUGAAACAAAAUACUCGGAUUUUAAAUCUAAUUUUACGUAUAAAAAAUAUAGCAGACUGUCAUAAAGACACAUUAUUGAUUCAAUUAAAUAACUACUUAUUUAAAAUCUACAAUUAUACGUCAAAUGGGUUUUAGGCCAUCGUUAUUUCGAAGAUCAGGAAUGGA